UCGCCUCAAACAUUCAUCAAGGCUGACUCGUUUCGACAAGUGCGUGCUGCGUCGAGGAUUGUGGCUUCGCAUUCCGAGGUGCUCCCAUCGCCGCUUUGCCCAUUCGCCCAGAGUGGUGCGGUGAUGUCAUACGUUCAACCACUUCCUUUGAACCCAACCGCAGCUUCCAGACCCUAGCACUUCACGCAUCCCCCAGCGUCCCACACCCCCCCCCCCUUCACCACCACGCCGCGGACCGCCCCAUAUUCCAUGUACCUAUCUCCUACUAUUUCCCCUACCCUUCUACCCUACCCACACCCACGCUUCACUAGUUGACGCGUGUGAGCGCCAUUCACGACUUUUUAUGUCGACUCCUGCCAUCUCACCGCGACCUCGAGGCUCGUCGCACUCGCACACGUCUGCCCGCCCGAGAUCGACACAGCCCAUGACGAGGCCAAGUACCUCACUACAUCCAGCUGGGCCCCCCGCUGCCCUCACCCCCCGCAUGAACGGGGUAGCGAAGACACCGAGCCAUGUUGUCUCGCAAAAGUCAAAGGAACCUGGAAUGCCUUCCCCCAAUUACUUUGGCCUGACGAUCAACUCGGCUGCAGAUCACUUUUCUUCCAGUGCCGCACAGCACAUCCGCGGCAACUGGAGUCCACCGACGUCGAAUGUGCGCUCCACGGCUGCUGCCUCUCCUCGCAUACUACCCGUAGAGCAUAACCCCGAGUUCGAGCAGUUCAGGAAACAGUCGGAGAACAAUAGGUCGUUUGCGUUGGGGAGCUUCGACUUUGCAUCAGCAGGCUCGGGAGCGUCUGCAAAGAGCCCCUUCUUCAGCAACUUCAAGACGCCGCUGUCACCUCAAUCCAUGACACCGCCAUCAGCCCCCAGCGGUGAGAAACAUGAUGCAAAGGAAGACCAUGAAGCCCAGCCCAAGCCACGUUCUCCGAAGCGAAUGCUCUCCUCCGAGUCUACCUUGUUUCCUGACCGACCGCGACGCAAUUCUCCCGCAAGCUUCGAAGGUCAUGGCCGUACCGAUGCCAUAGCAGAGUUUGCCGAAGAUCGAAUUCCACGGCCAUCACUACCUACCAAUAAGCCUCCUCACAUCCAAUUAGCAAGUCAUCGCGCAGAAACAUUACCGGCAAACAUAGGCGAUGAGACAGCGACGGACGGACCAACCAUGGCCACGGCCCAGCACAUUGUCAAUAUAUUAGAAUCCGCGGUAGAAGAAGUCCUCCUCCUGGACCUCCGCGUCUCGACGCAGUAUGCAAAGAGUCGCAUAGCAGGCGCCCUGAGCUUGUGCAUACCCACCACGUUGCUCAAACGGGCUUCAUUCAACUCUCAGAAACUGGCAGAGACGUUCAAAGAUGACGAGCAAAGAGAGAUGUUUGAACGAUGGAGGAGUAGUAAAUACAUCAUAGUGUAUGACUCUAGUUCUUCGCAACUCAAGGAUGCCGCAACCUGCAUCAAUACGCUCAAGAAGUUCACCAACGAAGGCUGGUCAGGUGGGACCUUCAUAAUCCGCGGCGGCUUCCAGGAAUUCUCCAGGAUAUUCCCUGCGUGGAUAAGGCAGGGAAGCUCUCAUAGCCCAACGUCGUCUGCCACAGCUGGCCUUCGGCUCGAUUCUGGCCUUCCUUCAGUUGCUCCAGUCAUUGGCGGCUGUCCCAUGCCCGCUACGCAGAGCGCUGCAAACCCCUUCUUUGGCAACAUUCGGCAGAACAUGGAUCUCAUUGGCGGCGUUGGACAGAUGCCCGUCAAGCAGCCAGCAGACAUGACUCAGUCAGCCAGGGAGGAGCUUCCCCACUGGCUUCAGAAAGCUUCAGAAGAGAAGGACAACGGUCGGACCGUCUCCGACAAGUUCUUGCAUAUCGAAAAGCGAGAACAGAAGCGCAUGCAGGAAGCGCUAUCGGGCAAGGUCAUCUACGGUACUCCCACUGGGUUAGGUACGGCGAAGCAAAUACAGAUUGCUGGCAUUGAAAAGGGAUCAAAGAACCGCUACAAUAACAUCUGGCCCUACGAGCAUUCGCGCGUCAAAAUUGAGGGACUCACCGACGGAAGCUGCGAUUACGUCAACGCCAACCAUGUCCAAGCCGCAUACUCCAACAAGCGUUAUAUUGCUACGCAGGGGCCAAUACCGGCCACCUUCAAGGACUUUUGGAAUGUUGUGUGGCAGCAGGAUGUGCGGGUGAUUGUCAUGCUUACGGCCGAGCAAGAAGGGGGUCAAGUCAAAGCACACAACUACUGGUCAGACAAGCGAUAUGGUCCUCUACACCUGAACCAGCUAGGUGAACGAAGAGCAUCUCUCGAGCCCUCCAAGAUUCACAAACGUCGAGAGCAGUCAAGGCCAUCACUGGGUCAGCGAAGGUCAACGAAUCCAUCCAGGCCCGCCAAUUUCACCAAAGAAGCAACUGCCGGAUCCCCUAAUCAGGAGCAACCCUACGUCAUUGUCCGCAAGUUCACUCUAUCGAAUGACGAUGAGCCGUUCGCCCGGAUGCGAGAGAUCACACAACUGCAAUACUCCAAUUGGCCUGACUUUGGCGCUCCAGCACAUCCUACUCAUCUUCUCGGUCUUAUCGAGCAAUGCGAUGCAGUAGUCCGCUCGGUGAACGGCAGCUCGAUAUCUCAACCUGAGCCUGCCAAUAGUCGUCCAAUCAUUGUGCACUGUUCUGCCGGGUGUGGUCGUACAGGCACUUUCUGCACCGUUGAUUCCGUCCUCGACAUGCUCAAGCGACAGCGACAGGCAAGGCAGGAAAGACACGGUACCCCCAUGGAAGUCGACGAAGAGAAGACGAAGAAGAACAAGAACAAAAACGAGCGCGAAGAGGGCAGCUGGGUCAUGGAUGAGGAUGUUGACCUGAUUGCGAAGACGGUUGAAGACUUCAGACUACAGCGCUUAAGUAUGGUGCAGAGUCUAAGGCAGUUCGUCCUGUGUUACGAGAGUGUGAUGGAGUGGCUGGUUGAGCAGCACCCUAGGUCGGCGUAGGCGCAGACACAUGGGGCAACCUUCGAUGGCACUAUUGUCCCCUCGAUAGCCAUCUGGUCUAAGAUGGAUGAGAAUGGGUAUGCCGAUUACGAGAAUGACGAUACGAACAGGGUCAGGGACUGGGUGCAGCAUUAUCAUCAUUGAGGUGGCACAUCGGGAGGCGUUUUGCAUUGCUUUUUAUUAGAGUAUACAGAGCACGCAUUGGGAUAGGUUCGGCGACAUUGGACAGGGCGUUAAGCUGCAUGCACAUCACCGUCUUCUUUUCAUCAAUCGAACCUUUUGUCUAUCCAGCCCAAUACGAAUGUGACUUGAAAGAG